UUUCCUCAUAUAAGACUCAGCGCAAUUUGUUUUCGAUAGUAGGUAACCUUGGAACUAUACGGGGACAUAUCCAAUAUACCUACCUACCUCCUUACUUCCUAUACGCUGUAUAAUUCUGACACACCUUACACAUAAACGGGGUUAACGUCGCAAGGCCGUUCAAGAUGGAGUGUACAGCCUCUCGUAGGCCACCGCAGACCACACUCCACAUUUUCCAUGACAAUUUGGCCAACAAAUGGAAGUCUAAGGCAUAUUGCGGCCGCGAAUAUUAUCGAAGCCAUGAGAUUGUCAAAUGGAUGUUACGCCAAGAUACCACGGAGCGCGCAACCAAUGCUGGAUUGCUUCUCACCGAGGUGUACCACAAGUCAGGCUCCGUCCACGUCCCUAGUUCCUGGAAAAUCUCUGAUGGGGAUUGCCGCUGUUUGAUUGUGUUUGCCAUCCUCCUAGAGUUGGAUUGCGGCCAUUUGAUCGACCUCUUCCAGCGAUAUAAUAUCACCGACAAGCGAUUACCUACGCGCGAGAUACCCGAUACCAUGCUGUAUGAGAAUGACUUAAGGAAAGGGGGCAUCCAGGACACGAAACAGUUCUGGAGAUCUUUCUUGGAUAAGAUGUGGUUAUAUUAUCCCUGUGUUCUGGAUUAUAGUAUGCGCAAUGCGUUCCUUGAUCCUGGUCGUGGGAGGUGGAUAAUGCCUUUUGCCAAAAGGCAGGCUGUCAACAUGAAGGGUGGGACAGCACAAGUCUGGGAGGUGGCUGUUCAAGAAUCGCUGGUUCCUCGAAAGCUAGCAAUGGAGGUAGGACGGUCAGAGUAUGAGGACGCCGAACUUGGCAAAUGUUACGUAUUCGCCUUGAAAACGUUUACUCAGGAAUAUCACGAGAUAUUCGAGUGGGAAAGGGAGGCUUAUCUUGCGGUACAGGCCAAGUCUGAGCUGUCUGGCAUGGUAAAGUUUCUCGGGGAGUAUGAGAUCGACGAACAGUUAGAGGAUGGAAGUGUUCAACGUACCUGGAACAUACUUCUUGAAUUCGGAGAACAAGACCUUGAAGAAUUCUUCGCAUCACAGCGGAAUUACCCACCAAACCUUAACCCGGAGACGAUCCAAUUUUGGAACUCACUGUCAAACGUCGCACAAGCUCUAGAUUCGAUGCACAAUCUCGAAGUGGAACGUGAGAAUGGCCGGUACGAUCACUUCUCCGGGUGGCACUGCGACUUGAAGCCUGACAAUAUACUGCGAGUCGAUGGGGAGUUCAAACUGGCGGACUUCGGGUUCGCAAAAUUCAAGCCAAAGAACCCGGGAGGAGUCCCGAAACAGUGUAUAACUGGAGGAACAGAGACUUACGGUGCCCCUGAAUGCGAUCGCGCACGAGACGACCCAACGAAAAGUGUCACUCAAGCAAUCGAUACUUGGUCGUUCGGUUGUGUUUUAUCUGUCUCAGCGACAUGGGUAGCCCUUGGCUAUCAGGGCGUCCGCGCUUAUGAUGAACUCAGACGAAUCGCAAUCAAGAAACUCCGAGAAAGAAAGAAGAGAGGAGAGAACAUCACGGUACCGGCAGCUGAUGAUGCUUUCCAUAAUGGCGUAGAUGUUCUCCCGGAAGUGAGCGAUUGGCAUAAAUACUUGAAAAAAGUUCUGAGGGUAAAUGACACAAUCACUGGGCGGAUCAUUGACCUGGUUGAUGAGACGAUGUUGUUGGCAGAAUCCGUUCGUCCAUCAAAGUGCUCGACGCUAUAUGAUUCUAUCCAAAGUCAAUUGGUGAAGGCACAAGAUCAUUACGAUAAACUUGUGGAGGAUGGAGAACUUGAAUCAGUCGCCGAAUCAGUUCGAGAGGCUUUGCUAAGUGUUGAGAACGAAAGUUCGCUGGUGAACUCUCACGCUCUGGAUGAUAACGGAGCACCUGAUUCCUCUUCCUCUUCACAAUAUCUGCUGCAUCCUGUCGAACGUCACCCGCGCCUAAAAUCUAGCAGAAUCAACAAGUCCAGGAGGAUAAAUGAAGUGAUUCAGGGGAAAGUUGCUCAUCGCCAAGAAGCACUAGGAACCCCAAGCGAUACCGCAUUCAAAGCAAUCCAUGCGUAUCUUAACGAGGAGAUCAAACACUCCGAGGCCAGAGGGUCUUCGAGGAUACCUUUGAUAUUAGGCCCUACCGAAUCCCAAUCCCGCGAAAACCUUGUUGUACGAGAAUCCACCCAACCAGCUUUACGUGUGACACCGCCGUUUCAACAUUCUACACCUCCCAGACCCUCAAAAACCCAUCUCGAAAAAGAGGUAAUUACGUCAGGUUCGCCAUACUCUCCUACAAUAAUAAAUCCGCUGUUUUCAGGAUAUGGCAACUCGGUCGUUGAAAGUCCAGACAACGAUGACUUCCACAUAGAAACUAAGCUACCUCCGAAUGGGUACUCCCAAACCUCGAGGGAAAGCCGUGUACCUACAAUGUCUGGGUUAGAACUCAGCGACUAUCAGGACACAUCGUUGGCGUCGCCUUCAUCUGGAAAGUCUGGCAUAGAUCCAUCGUGGCCAAUGUAUAAAGAGCAUCAGUCGCUAAAGACCAAAGGGAAGGGGUUAAGUAGGUAUCUUCAUCCCAAGAAAAAGGACGAUUUCCUGAAAAAGUUUCUAUUUGACCGAGACAUCAUGUUCCUUGUGGACAACGAUAUGACCAUGUUGCCACUGUGGGAGACGAUGACAACCGUCCUGGAAACCUUGGUAUCUAAAGUUGGCGGGUUGGAUAAAAAUGGACUAGAUCUUGAGUUCACACUUGGAGGGGACCGCAAUGCUUGCAAUGUUUCAGACAAACAGCUUAUCUCUAAGUUUAGAGACGCUAAGGCUGAUGCCCUGUCCCAACAAUAUAACAUCAACACGGAUAUGGCUAAGACUCUAACCCGAAUCUUCGACAAGUAUCUGUUGGACACAAGGCGAGCCAAGACCCUGAUAAUACUUACCGAUGGGGUUUGGGGAGGGACGACUAAUUCUACUGACGUGGAAAAGGCAAUUGCAGACUUCCUCAAGAAGCCCGCUCUCGCACAGAAGCUGGAGAAGCGAUGGUUUACUAUUCAGUUCAUCGCCUGUGGAAAUGAGGUUCCGGAUAUACUACAGCAUCUCGAUGACGACAUCGAGAAGAAGUACUCCAUCCCAGAUGUCAUCGACACCGAGCACAUAUCUGGGGACGUAUACAAGAUGAUAAUAGGAAGCUUCGUUGAUGAGUACGAUGUAGCGACAUCAUCCCAGAUAUCACCAACAUCGCCAUCGAACCCAUCCUUCCCAGGUCUCUCAUCCACACAUGCGGUGUCGCCCUCGAUGCAGGCCCCGAGGACUAGACCUGGCUCUUUCCGAUCGGCAACGAUGUCAAACAUAAAGAGUCUUCUCAGAUAAGAGAGGAAAUGUGACAUAUUACGAUGCUAACUCAACAGGGAUAAUGGGUUGAAUGAUUAACGGCUGCUAUUGAUAGAUUAUCGUAUAUGAUAUCUUGGUUAUAGAACUAAAAGGGGCUUGUAUGGUAAAAAGGGGUUAUGCGAUCGAGGGAUUUACAAAAUUUGUAGGUAUUGUUACAU